CAACACCAAGACUAUUUUAAGGCUGCUUGUAGUGUUUCUGUGGAAAUUAAACGACAUGGAGGUUCUGCUACGUGAAAUAACAGGAUUGACAAAUGGAUUUCUGAACUUGAGAUGGAGCUGCAAAUUAAACACCCAGGCAACAACGCGAUAUUACACACAUAACUAUGAUGGAUUUCUCGCAAUGCCUCGUCUGAAUAUUGACAGCGAUAUUUAGCUAUUUUCAUCGUGUCAAUAUCCAAACACAGGAUGAAUUUGCUACAGAACAAGAAGAUAUGAAAGGCAAUAGUGCUUGAGAAGCGUCUAUUGUCUCAAUGAUUGUGCUGAUGGAUUUUCUCUCUAGAUUUUACAUUGACAUUAACGAACCGAUCGCUGACAAGUGAGCGUAUAUAUCGUGUUCAUUUGGAUGUUGUAUUAAAACUUGCAGUACACUUAAUUGUUUGCGUGAUAAAUAUUUGCCUGAAGAUGAAUAUACGGUUUAAUGAAAUGAGAUGUCUUUAAAUAAAUAAUUCAUGCAAUAUCUAACAAUUUACAACAAAAUAUGAUUAUUAAAGGCAAAAUAAGUUUAAGAAGUGAACGACAAAUACAUUUAUUAACACUAAUUUCAAUAUGAUAUGAUAGGUAUCUCUCAUCGUUAUCAGUUAAAUGCAGAUUCUUUACCAAUUGAUGUGUUUAAAUAUAUUUCAAAAAGACGGCGACAAAAAUGUACAUAUUUUCAUCCGUGAUGUAAUAAACAAAUGUUUAAACAAUUACAAUGAAGGAUAAAAAUCAUAAAUGGUGCUGUACAUGGGCGAGCAUUUGUUUUAGGGUUUACGUGGCGAUUAUAAAAUUUGAGUGCACGGUAUGUGCUUCAAAUUCAAGUCAUAUAGCACCAAUCUCAGCCUCAAUAGAAGGAGAUGUUAUGCUCGGAGGCCUGUUUCCGGUGCACCAGAAAGGAGACGGCGACAUACCAUGCGGUAUCAUCAACGCGGACAGGGGCAUACAACGAGUUGAGGCAAUGCUUUACACUUUAGACAGAAUCAGAAAAGAUAAUACCAUAUUAAAUGGUAUAACCAUAGGUGCUACAAUAUUUGACACAUGCGCUAGAGGAACGUAUGCCCUCGAGCAGUCAUUGGAAUACAUUCGUGCAUCGUUUACAUCAACAGAUGCUUCGGAAUAUGUCUGCCAGGACGGUUCCAAGGCAGAGGCAAAAGAAGAACCGAAAACGGUAGCAGGCGUCAUUGGUGGGUCGUACAGUACAGUCUCGAUUCAAGUAGCUAACCUCCUUCGGCUCUUCAAAAUACCUCAAAUAAGUUAUGCAUCAACGAGCGCUCAGUUAAGUGACAAGUCCCGAUAUGAAUACUUCGCAAGGACUGUGCCACCAGACACGUUUCAAGCACUUGCAAUGGUUGACAUUGUUAAAGCGUUUAACUGGACCUAUGUUUCAACCGUUGCAUCAGCGGGUGAAUAUGGAGUUCCUGGAAUUGAAUACUUCCAGAAAGAGGCCGCAAAAAGGAACGUAUGCUUGGCAGAGACACUCAAGGUGUCGACCAACCCCACUAGCGCAGAGUACGACACUAUCAUAGACAUACUUGUGAAAAAGAAUAACGCACGUGUAGUGAUAUUGUUUCUAAGGGAGGAGGAUGCUAAGGGUCUUCUUGAUGCUGCUACGAACAAAAAGAUUUCCGGAAAAUUUACUUGGAUUGCCGCCGAUGGCUGGGGGACACAACAAUCCCCAGUCAAACGCAAUGAGCAAGCCGCCGAGGGUGCUUUAACAAUCAUAUUGCAGGCAACAGUAAUUCCUGAAUUCGAUGAAUAUUUUUUAGGACUUAAGCCAUCCACGAAUCAUCGUAAUCCAUGGUUCCGUGAAUACUGGAGUAACAUUCACAGUUGCCUAUGGGCGGAUCCCGUGAAUCCCAUCACGGAUCCAUCUGUGAAACUGUGUACUGGUAACGAGGUGCUGUCGAGAACCAGAUACCAACAGGAAUCCAAAGUUCAGUUUAUUUACGAUGCUGUGUAUGCCAUUGCUCAUGCGAUCGAUAGAUUGACCAAAGAUCAUAACAUUUGUCAGUCCAAACACAAAAAGUGCGAGGAACAUCAUCGAAUCAAAGGAGCCGAGCUGAAAGAAUACAUCCUUAACACAACGUUUGAUGAUGGCUAUGGGGCACAGGUUAAGUUCGACAAAAGUGGCGACGCUUUCGGGCGCUAUAGCAUCAUGAACUACCAACUGGACAGAGAGACGCGCCAGUACGAGUACAAAAAAGUCGGCAGCUGGGUGUCCUCGCUUGACCUUGACAUUGAAAGCAUCGUGUGGACGGGAGGGACAAAGGAUAUUCCAAUCUCUCGCUGCAGCACGCCCUGUAAUUUCGACGAAAUGAAGCACGUGGGUGAGGACGGGGACAUGUGCUGCUGGAUUUGCAUCAAAUGUCAACCAUUCGAGUACCUGGCGGACGAAUACAAGUGUAAAGACUGUGGGGAAGGAAGGUGGCCGACGGAAAACCGAAAGAGCUGUUUCGCUUUGGAGGAACAAUACAUGGAGUUUAACACUGUGUACGCGAUAGUUCCGCUUGCCCUGUCUGGUUUCGGAAUUAUGAUAACAAUGCUUGUGAUAAUAACAUUCCUGAGAUACAAUGACACACCGGUGGUGAUGGCGUCUGGUCGUGAACUGAGCUACAUGUUGUUGACCGGCUGUUUGUUCUGCUAUUUAAUGACUGCCAUUUUAUUACUGAAACCAAGCCAAAUUACUUGCGCAACGCAAAGGUUCGGGGUUGGCUUCGGUUUUGCAAUAAUAUACUCGUCCCUUCUCACAAAGACUAAUAGGAUUUCCAGGAUAUUUGACAGCGCAAGACGAUCCGCUAGGAGACCUCCGUUCAUUAGUCCCAAAUCUCAGAUAGUGAUUUCAAUCAUUCUUGUGAGUUUGCAGGUGCUAUUCACUGUUAUAUGGCUGGUGCUCGAACCUCCGGGGACUCGUCUGUACUUUCCGAAUGGCAAACGGGACGAAGUGAUAUUGAAAUGCAGAACUGAAGAUUUGUCGUUUCUAGUUUCGCUUAUUUAUAACAUUAUCCUUAUUAUCAUUUGUACAUUUUAUGCAAUUAAGACUAGAAAGAUACCUGAAAACUUUAACGAAUCCAAGUUUAUAGGAUUUGCUAUGUACACGACAUGCAUCAUCUGGCUAGCUUUCGUUCCAAUUUACUUCGGAACCUUAAAUUCAUUCCAGGUUCAAAUCACAACCUUGUGCGUGUCAAUCAGCCUGAGCGCCAGUGUGGCUCUGGUCUGUCUGUUCACGCCGAAAAUGUACAUCAUCUUCUUCCAACCCGAGAAGAACGUGCGUAAGCUCACCAUGAUGAUGAACUCCAUGCACCGGAAGACAAUUUCAGAGACUACGCAAAGUAAAUUUAGCAAUUCAAUAGAUGUUCACAAUUCGAUAGAUAAUGGAAAUAGUCCGGCCGAACUCAUUCGGUUGAAUGUGCAACAUUUUGCCGCCAAAUUCAACGCCGAUUCCACGACAGAAACUGUACCUGCCACAGAGAAAGACAGUCUAGCAUCGCUUUGAAUAUGAUUCAGUUCACAACGAUUAUAGUUUUCGUAUAAUUUUGAGUGCAUUGUAUUUUGAAAUCGGUGUUGUGAUCCCUCUCGCAGGAACUAUCGUUAAUGUGAAUAUCAGUCUUUUGUUUUACGGUUUGUUUUUAUGUUAUGUUAGCAUUUUGUAUUUUCGAUGUAAGAAAGUCAAAAACAAGGACCUAUAUUUAAUAUAAUUGCAUUGUGUAUUGUAUAAUAUAGAAUCGUUUACUGUCUUAACACAACAUGCACAUUUUCACAAACUAUUAUUGUUUCUGCACGUAUUCUUUUAGAACAAAACAGUCAAUAAUUAAGAAAAUAACUCGAAAUACAUUUCAGUAAAAGGCAAUCUAAAAGAAAAGUAUCGUACUGCCGUGAUCUUUUUGCAGUAAAUUGAAAAAUACUUUUGCAAGUAUAAUUUAGGAAUAAUAUGUUAAAGCUUAUAUCUUCAUGUGUGUGUAUGUACUUCAAUUUUGCAUUGGGUUUACAUGUAUUUACCACAUCAUAACAAUGGUUAACCAGUAAUUGUCAAUUUACAUUUGGUUUU